AUGCACCUGAGGGUCCGAGAAACCCGAGGUCACCCACAUGCAAAUUUUGCAUACACAACAUUGAAGGUGGCCGGAACCCUAGUGCUGUUUGGGUUGCUAGCCGACUCUCCAAUGUCUACGAUCAACGUUAUGGACAAGAAGCUUAAUUUCAUGACUAACCGAGGGCUCGUGAUGAGGAGGGAAGUUAGAGCAAUGCCGAUUGUUGGUGACAUAGCGAUGUCUGUUUGUCGAUACAGUGUCCGCAAGAAUUUUUCUAGGAACCAAAUGGCGGCGUGA